UUUUAAAUUAUUUCUCAACUGUUACGGAUGUAAACAAAUACUUUAGUGUCCAAAACAAAACUGAUAAUAAUAUUAUUCUGUAUUAUAAAUAAUUUAGUGGUGAUUAUUAUUGAAAAGAAUAGUUAUAGGAUAAAAAUUAAAAAAAUGUCUCAACACGGAGCGGCUUUGCAAACUUAUAAUCAAGAACUUGUCAAAUGUUUAGAAGAUGUUAAAUCCAAAAAGGCAAUGAUACAAGCAGAAAUAGAUGUUGAAGAAGAAGAGCAACAUAACCUAGAACGGGAGAUUAAAAAAUUGCAUUACAAAUUAGCGCAAGUAACUGAUAGUCUAAACAAAAAAAUUUUAAUAAGAAAUGAAUAUAAUAGAAUAAUUACAGAUACGGAAGCACAUUAUAUGAAAAUUGUCGAUAGCUCGCAAAUGCUAUUAGCUGUUGUACAACGAGAAACAUCGUCAUUAGAUCAAUCAUUGGGAAAGUCUAAGCCAGAGAAGUCGCAAUCACAUCCUACAUGGCUAUCCGUACACCAUCCAUAAUUUUACAAUGAUACAUUAAUCAUUUAUCAAUGAUUCAAAUUAUUACUUAUUGAACAUUAAUUUUAUUUUUUUAAAG